UGAUUUUGGGAAUAUACGAAGAUUCAUUGAAGGUAACGGGGACAUAAAACUACAGUGCCUGACCAGAAGAAGGUCGGUGCUGAGUUUGUGCAGGGGUCUGGGUCUGUCGCUGGAUUUCCCUGGUGGCCCAAGGAAAGUUGAACGUUAAACGGUUCAGCUCUGUGACUGGGAGAACACACACUGAGAGAAGCAUCCGUUACCUUCAUCCCUUUCCUUUUCUCCCCUAAAAGCGCCGCAUGUCUAAUAUUUAGACAUGUUCAGCUUUGUGGAUUCGCGGACUGUAUUGCUACUUGUAGCAACCCAGGUCGCACUAUUAGCCGUGGUGAGAUGUCAGGAUGACCAGGACGAUGCAUUUAGCUGUGUACAAGAUGGACAACGCUAUAGCGACAAGGACGUGUGGAAGCCAGAGCCUUGUCGCAUCUGUGUGUGUGACACGGGAAGCGUCCUGUGCGACGAGAUUAAUUGCGAGGAGAUAAGAGACUGCCCCAAACCAGAGAUCCCAUUCGGAGAGUGUUGCCCCAUCUGCGCAGCUGACCUGCCCCAGACCAGUGGCGCGUCCGGAGCUAAGGGCCAGAAGGGUGAACCUGGAGAUAUUACAGAUGUCGUAGGACCAAGAGGACCAGCUGGUCCAAUGGGACCAUCAGGAGAGCAAGGAGCACGGGGAUCCAGAGGAGAUAAGGGCGAGAAGGGAACCCUCGGCCCCCGCGGAAGAGACGGUGAACCCGGUACCCCUGGAAACCCCGGCCCCCCCGGCCCCCCAGGCCCGAACGGACCCCCCGGCCUCGGCGGAAACUUUGCUGCUCAGAUGGCCGGUGGAUUCGACGAGAAGUCCGGAGGAGCUCAGAUGGGCGUGAUGCAGGGACCAAUGGGACCAAUGGGCCCACGAGGACCACCGGGCCCCAGCGGAUCACCUGGCCCACAGGGUUUCCAAGGCAAUCCCGGAGAGCCAGGAGAACCCGGACAGUCUGGCCCAAUGGGACCCCGUGGCCCCCCUGGACUUUCUGGCAAACCUGGAGAUGAUGGUGAGGCUGGCAAACCAGGCAAAUCUGGUGAGCGUGGGCCUGCUGGACCUCAGGGAGCACGGGGCUUCCCUGGAACACCUGGCCUGCCCGGCAUCAAGGGACACAGAGGCUAUCCAGGUCUUGAUGGAGCUAAGGGAGAGCAUGGCGCUGCUGGCUCUAAAGGCGAGUCUGGAUCACCUGGUGAGAACGGCGCUCCCGGACCUAUGGGUCCCCGGGGUCUGCCUGGCGAGAGAGGUCGUCCAGGACCCUCCGGAUCUGCUGGUGCUCGUGGAAAUGAUGGUCUGUCCGGUCCCGCUGGUCCCCCUGGCCCCGUCGGCCCCUCCGGAGCUCCUGGCUUCCCUGGAUCUCCUGGCUCUAAGGGAGAAGCUGGCCCCACCGGAGCCCGUGGCCCGGAGGGCGCCCAGGGCCCCCGCGGGGAGUCUGGCACUCCAGGAUCAUCCGGCCCGUCUGGCGCAAGUGGUAACCCCGGAACUGAUGGCAUCCCCGGAUCUAAAGGAUCAUCUGGUGCUCCUGGUAUUGCCGGUGCUCCUGGGUUCCCCGGACCUCGUGGGCCACCUGGCCCUCAGGGAGCCACCGGACCACUGGGGCCAAAGGGAACGUCUGGUGACCCAGGUAUCCCCGGCUUCAAGGGAGAGGCAGGACCCAAAGGAGAGAUUGGACCAGUCGGUCUCCAGGGAGCCCUUGGGCCCUCGGGAGAGGAGGGCAAGAGGGGGCCCAGAGGAGAGUCUGGCAGUGCUGGACCCCUGGGACCUCCCGGAGAGAGAGGAUCCCCUGGUAACCGUGGUUUCCCAGGACAGGAUGGUCUGGCAGGUCCCAAGGGGGCCCCUGGUGAGCGUGGAUCCGCUGGUGCUGGUGGCCCCAAAGGAGCCAACGGUGACCCCGGCCGUCCCGGCGAGUCCGGUCUUCCUGGAGCCCGGGGCCUCACUGGUCGCCCUGGUGAUGCUGGUCCUCAAGGCAAAGUCGGACCCUCUGGAGCGCCCGGUGAGGACGGUCGCCCCGGACCCCCAGGACCCCAGGGAGCACGUGGACAGCCCGGUGUGAUGGGAUUCCCCGGACCCAAGGGAGCCGGCGGUGAGCCAGGAAAGUCUGGUGAGAAGGGACUUCUCGGAGCCCCCGGUCUGAGAGGUCUGCCCGGUAAAGACGGAGAGACUGGUGCUGCUGGACCUCCGGGCCCCGCUGGGCCCGCUGGCGAGAGAGGAGAGCAGGGUCAGCCCGGCCCCUCCGGUUUCCAGGGUCUUCCUGGACCCCCAGGCCCCCCUGGUGAGGGAGGCAAGCCCGGAGACCAGGGUGUUCCCGGAGAGGGUGGAGCAGCUGGCGUGACCGGACCUAGAGGCGAGAGAGGUUUCCCAGGAGAGAGGGGAGGUGCCGGGCCUCAGGGUCUUCAGGGACCCCGUGGUCUGCCUGGAACCCCCGGGACCGAUGGACCCAAGGGUGCGAUUGGACCCGCAGGUGGUCUCGGAGCCCAGGGCCCCCCCGGUCUGCAGGGUAUGCCUGGAGAGAGAGGAGCCGGCGGCAUCCCGGGCCCCAAGGGAGACAGAGGUGACAACGGAGAGAAAGGACCAGAAGGCGCUCCUGGAAAAGAUGGUUCUAGAGGUCUGACCGGUCCCAUCGGACCCCCUGGCCCUGCUGGACCCAACGGAGAGAAGGGAGAAUCUGGCCCAUCCGGCCCCAGCGGCGCUCCAGGUACCCGCGGUGCCCCUGGCGACAGAGGUGAGACUGGCCCUCCCGGACCUGCUGGAUUCGCUGGACCUCCUGGUACAGAUGGCCAGCCUGGACUGAAGGGAGAUCAGGGAGAAGGCGGACAAAAGGGUGACGCUGGAGCCCCUGGACCUCAAGGACCCUCUGGAGCCCCCGGACCUGCGGGUCCUACUGGUGUUUCUGGACCUAAAGGUGCCCGUGGAGCUCAGGGACCCCCUGGUGCCACUGGUUUCCCGGGUGCUGCCGGCAGAGUCGGACCCCCUGGUCCUAAUGGUAACCCUGGAGGCUCCGGACCCGCAGGCCCUCCCGGUAAAGACGGACCCAAGGGCGUGAGGGGAGACGGCGGGCCGCCUGGUCGUCAGGGCGACGCCGGACUCCGCGGACCCGCCGGUACCUCUGGAGAGAAGGGAGACCCUGGCGAGGAUGGUCCUAAUGGCCCCGACGGCCCCCCAGGGCCACCGGGUCUGUCCGGGACACGUGGUAUCGUGGGUCUGCCUGGACAGCGUGGAGAGAGAGGCUUCCCCGGCCUGCCUGGACCAUCUGGUGAGCCUGGUAAGCAAGGAGCUCCCGGUGGUAGUGGGGACCGUGGACCCCCCGGACCUGUGGGACCCCCCGGACUCACAGGACCUGCUGGAGAGCCCGGCCGAGAGGGCAACCCUGGAUCUGAUGGACCCCCUGGUAGAGAUGGAUCUCCUGGAAUCAAGGGUGACCGUGGCAACACAGGUCCCGUGGGCGCCCCAGGAGCGCCGGGCUCCACCGGGGCAUCCGGUCCAGUGGGCCCCACCGGGAAGCAGGGAGACCGAGGAGAGUCUGGAGCGCAAGGACCUUCUGGCCCUGCCGGACCUGCUGGAGCCAGAGGAAUGGCUGGACCCCAAGGCCCACGUGGAGACAAGGGAGAGGCAGGAGAGUCUGGUGAGAGGGGACAGAAGGGACACCGAGGAUUCACCGGUCUCCAAGGUCUGCCCGGACCUCCGGGUCAAGCUGGAGACCAGGGAGCCACCGGACCAGCCGGACCCUCAGGAGCCAGAGGACCCCCCGGACCUGUUGGCCCUGCUGGAAAGGACGGUUCUAACGGUAUGCCUGGACCCAUCGGACCCCCUGGACCCCGCGGCCGGUCUGGAGAGUCUGGUCCAUCUGGACCCCCCGGAAACGCCGGCCCCCCUGGUCCCCCCGGCCCACCCGGCCCCGGCAUCGACAUGUCCGCCUUCGCGGGCCUGUCCCAGACGGAGAAGUCCCACGACCCCAUGAGGUACAUGAGGGCCGACCAGGCCGCCGGCAACCUGCGCCAGCACGACGCCGAGGUGGACGCCACGCUCAAGUCCCUCAACAACCAGAUCGAGAACAUCCGCAGCCCCGAGGGCUCCAAGAAGAACCCGGCCCGCACCUGCAGGGACCUCAAGCUGUGCCACCCCGACUGGAAGAGCGGAGAGUACUGGAUCGACCCCAACCAGGGCUGCACCAUCGACGCCAUCAAAGUGUUCUGCAACAUGGAGACGGGCGAGUCCUGUGUCCACCCCAAGCCCGCCAGCAUCCCCCGCAAGAACUGGUGGUCCAACAAGAGCAAGGACCGCAAGCACGUCUGGUUCGGAGAGACCAUGAACGGAGGAUUCCACUUCAGCUACGGCGACGACAGCCUGGCGCCCAACACGGCCGCCAUCCAGAUGACCUUCCUGCGGCUGCUGUCCACCGAGGCGUCCCAGAACCUCACCUACCACUGCAGGAACAGCGUGGCCUACCUGGACGCCGCCACGGGCAACCUGAAGAAGGCGCUGCUGCUGCAGGGCUCCAACGACGUGGAGAUCAGAGCCGAGGGCAACAGCCGCUUCACCUACAGCGUCAUGGAGGACGGAUGCACGAAACACACAGGGCAGUGGGGCAAGACUGUGAUCGAGUACCGAUCGCAGAAGACCUCCCGCCUGCCCCUGGUGGACAUUGCUCCCAUGGAUAUCGGUGGAGCAGAUCAGGAGUUUGGUGUGGAUGUGGGAGCAGUCUGCUUCUUGUAAGAAGCACGAGGGAUCCAAAGAUGAGCGACGAAGCGGAAAUUGGACGAAAAAAACAAAAAAAUGAGAAGAACGCGCUUCGAAAUGAGGAGGAGAGGAACGAGAAA